AUGCCUGAUAUUCGGGCCUUCUUCACGCCAAAGGGUGGUGCGGCCGCCCCCCCAAAACCUGCGGCCGCCAAACCAGAGCCACCAGCGGCCAAAGGCAAGCGAGGAAAGAGCCGGAAAGUUGUUGAAGAUAGCGAGGAUGAAGCUGCAGAAGAGAGGAAACCUGCGCCUAAGCCCCCGGCAAAAAAAAAAGAGACAGAGCCUAAAGGGGUGGCCAUAUCUGCCGAUGAUUAUUUCGCUUCUUCCAAAGACUCUAAAGCGGCCAAAGCAUCGCCAACACCCAAGAAAAGCGCCGCCAAAUCCACAGUCGAAAUUGACGUUCCUGUUCGAUCUAGUCCGCGAAAGAAACCUGCAGCAAAGGUAGCUGCACCGGAGGAAGACGAGGAAGAAGACGUAGCCCCUCGGUCCAAAAGAGCCAGGACCUCGUAUAAACCGGCCCCCGUUCACGAUGAUGGGGAUGCAUAUAUGGAAGAUGGCGAUGAGGAUGCCGAUGACAUAUUCGCUGCUGACGCUAAGGGCCGCAGAAAGGGUGGAAAUGACGAAUAUGAAUCGGAAGAAUCUGAAGACGAAGUUGUUCCAACAUCCAAAGCACGAGGGCGAGCUGCUGCAUCUGGAAAGAAUUCUGCAGACAAACCAGCGUCCAAGGCCGGAAAGAAGCGAAAGUCCCCGGAGCAGGAAUCGGACGAAGAGGAGGAAGAAAAGCUACCUCGGAAAAAACCUACAGCGAGCAAACCACGCGCACCCAGAGCGAAGAAAGCAGACGAGCCCGAGGACGAGAAUAUCCAGAACAUCUUAGAUAGUGUGGCUACUGUAAGAGCGCCGACACCACCACCUAAAGACCCCAACGUGAAAUUCGAUUGGAGAAAGGCCGCCGCUAGUGGCGGUAAUGCUUCUACACAACCCGCUCAGCCUGCUGGCGAGCUACCGGAAGGCGAGGAAGAGUGUCUCAGUGGAUUGACCUUUGUCUUCACCGGUGUGUUGCAGACUAUUGGCCGCGAUGAGGGCCAGGCACUGGUUAAGCGAUAUGGCGGCAAAGUUACUGGCCAACCCAGUAGCAAAACCAGCUUCGUCGUUCUCGGAGACGACGCUGGACCCAGCAAGUUAGCUAAGAUCAAAGCAAAUGGUAUCAAGACCAUUGAUGAGCAUGGCCUUUUCGACCUGAUUCGCAAACUUCCGGCAUUUGGUGGUACAGGCAAGGGCGCUCAAAAAGCACAAGAAAAGAAGAAGGCAGAAGAAGAAAAGGUGAAGCAGCAGAUUGCGGAAAUGGAGGCGGAAGAGAAAGCAAAGAAGCGAGAAGCAGAGAAAGCAGCAAAGAAGAAGGCCGCAGCUCAAGGAUCAACGAGCAGCCCUGCGGCUCAACCUGCACGAGCACCCGAUUUGCUUCUCACUUCCAAAUAUGCGCCGACACAGCUCAACCAAAUAUGCGGCAACAAGGCGCAGGUGGAAAAGAUUCAAAACUGGCUUCGAAACUGGCCAAAAUCAAAAAAGUACAAUUUCCAGCGUCGUGGAGGAGAUGGUAUGGGAGGCGAGCGAGCUAUCAUUAUAUCUGGCCCUCCGGGUAUUGGAAAAACCACGGCGGCGCAUUUGGCGGCCAAGCUCGAAGGUUACGAUGUCCUGGAGAGCAAUGCUAGUGAUACACGAAGCAAGAAACUCGUCGAGGCUGGGGUUAGCGAUGUCAUGAACAAUACGUCUUUGUUAGGAUUCUUCGCCGGAGAUGGCAAAUCCGUGGAUAAUGCCAAGAAGAAGAUUGUCCUCAUUAUGGAUGAGGUUGAUGGCAUGUCGGCUGGUGAUCGCGGAGGAGUUGGCGCUCUGGCCAAAUUCUGCAGGAAGACAGAGGUGCCGUUGAUCCUGAUCUGCAACGAGCGUAGAUUGCCAAAGAUGAAGCCCUUUGACCAUGCUGCGUUUGAUAUUAGGUUCAAUCGUCCGACGGUCGACCAAGUACGCUCCCGCAUCAUGACAAUAUGCCACCGAGAAGGCCUUAAACUGCCACCGCCAGUUGUCGACGCUCUCAUUGAAGGAAGCAAUAAGGAUAUCCGCCAGAUCAUUAACAUGAUUUCCACGGCGAAGCUUGACCAAUCAUCGAUGAGCUUUGAUCAAAGCAAAGCCAUGUCUAAAGCAUGGGAAAAGCAUGUCGUCCUAAAGCCGUGGGACAUCUGCCAGAAGAUGCUUGGCGGUGGACUCUUUGCCCCCGCGAGCAAGGCGACCCUCAAUGACAAGAUUGAACUCUACUUCAACGAUCAUGAGUUUAGCUUCUUGAUGAUUCAGGAAAAUUACCUCCGCACCAAACCCAUGGCCGUGGGUGGCAAUGGAUACACCGGUCGAGAAGCCACUUUAAAGGCACUCGAGCUCUUUGACCAAGCUGCGGAGAGCAUCAGUGAUGGUGACUUAGUGGAUCGUAUGAUCCACGGGCCACAGCAGCACUGGAGUUUGAUGCCUACACAUGCUAUCUUCAGCACUGUAAGACCUGCCAGCUUCAUCGCUGGCCAGCUGAUUGGAUCUAACUUCACUUCAUGGCUUGGAAACCACAGCAAAACUGGGAAGCUGGGUCGAUAUAUUCGGGAAAUUCACUCUCACAUGCGACUCAAAUCAUCUGGCGAUCAUACCGAGGUUCGACAAGAGUAUCUGCCUCUGAUGUGGUCCCAAACAGUUGAUCGCCUGCAAAAAGAAGGUAGUGAAGCCGUGGGAGAGGUGAUUGACCUGAUGGACAGCUACUAUCUCACCCGAGAGGACUUUGACGCCAUUCAAGAGCUGGGAGUUGGUCCAAUGAGGGAAGAAGAUGUCAAAAUCGAAACAAAGACAAAAGCUGCCUUUACUCGAACAUAUAAUUCUAUGAAUCACCCACUACCAUUCAUCAAAGCUAGCAAUGUGUUGGCUCCAAAGAAGCUCGCUAAGGAGGCGCCAGAUUUGGAAGAAGCCAUUGAAGAAGCAGAUGACGCUGAGGUGUUGGAGGCUCCAGAUGCCGAAGAAGAUGACGAGAUCGAUUUCAAGAAGGACAAAUACAUCAAACAACCAAAGGCUAAGAAGCCAUCAAAGAAGGCUGCGAAAGCCCAGACCGCAGAUGACGAAGACAGCGAGGAAGUGAAGCCAAAGGGCCGCUCCAAGGGCAAGCCUACUGCAAAAGGAAAAGCAAAAAAAUAA